UAUAUAAAAAGGCUAUUGAUUUUAUUAGCCUGAGAUGUGCAAUAUCUCUGGAAUCAUCUUACCAACUUCAAUUGGAGCCUUCAGAAAAAAAAGACCCACUUCUCUUGCAGUGUCCACAAUGAGGUGGUGUUUUUUGUUUUGUUUUUGAGGGGAUUGCGGUGGCCAUAAUAGACUUGAGUCAGAUUGCAGCUAUUGGUUUCUGUGAAAGGUCUAUAAAUUGAUCACUUCCUAGUCCUGUGUGUUCAUUUUCCAGUGGAUCUGUGAUCACCGUUUUUAUUGCGCACCACAUCUUUGAAUAGAAAAUGAGCUGUGGAACUGUCCUGCUCUGUCUGGGGCUGCUCUCUGUGCUUGAUGGGGCAGUGUCGACUGCAAUCAGACCACAGCCCCCUCACUUUACUCCUCCUCCUCGUGCCCCACCUACUCCUCCACACCGCUUCCCUGGGAUGAACUUCACCAAACUCGGCUCCCGCAGCUUCCAGGGCAUACCUCCACAGGAGCCCGAGCCAGACUACUCCUACUGUGAGGUCCUAAUGGAGGUGCCGGUGCCUCCACCCAUCGAUAGUGUGCCCUGGUUCUGUCUCUGCGUGCACUACAAAGGAACGGCAGGGCCCAAGGGGGACCAAGGAGACAUGGGUCUUCCAGGCCCUCCAGGAAGUCCUGGGCGUCGAGGAUUCACCGGGUUCCGAGGGUCUCGGGGCUUUAUCGGACGGCAGGGACUCAAAGGUCAGGAAGGCGAGACUGGGGAGAAGGGAGAUCAAGGGAGGAGUGGAUGGCGUGGUGCUAAGGGAGACAUGGAUGUGAAAGGUGACAAGGGCGACCAGGGCAGAGAUGGGUUGCCAGGAUGGAGUGGCCCCAAGGGAAAGCCCGGGCAGUGCCCUGCCGUGUGCAAGGGAGAGGGCGGACAAGGAGAGCCGGGGCCUGCAGGGCCAGCAGGUGAUAAAGGGGAAUCAGGCAUUGCUGGCCCCCCUGGAGUGCCAGGGCAGAAGGGAGACCUGGGAGAAAUAGGUCCCAGAGGGGAGCCGGGACUCAAUGGUAUGAAAGGGGACCAGGGAGAGCAAGGGGUGUGUGAGUGCACAGAUGGGGAGAAGGGAGAUCAGGGAGAGAGGGGUCCACCGGGGCCUCAGGGGUUAAAGGGGGAGCCAGGUCCAAAAGGGAUUAAGGGGCUCCAUGGUCACAUGGGUGAGAAGGGAGAUAUAGGGGAGAGAGGGAUACCGGGACCCUGCUCCCCUACUGUUCAGUCUGCAUUUUCAGCAUCCCUGAGAGACAUUUACCCCAGGCCCAACCUGCCAGUGCCUUUCACGGAAGUGAGCUAUAAUCUUCAAGGCCACUAUAACCAACAGUCCGGGAUUUACGUGGCGCCAGUAAACGGCACGUAUGUCUUCUCCUACCACCUGUGCGCCAACAAUAAGGCACUCACAGUGGGCUUAUUCCGGGACUACAAGUCCGUUGUCAGAAGCACACAACUUGAUGACCUGGGCAAAGUGUCUCAGAUGGUGGUGCUCCACCUGAGUGCCGGGGAACGGCUCUGGCUUCAGGUUAAAGACAGCAACACCAACGGGAUGUACGUGGGCCCUGAAAGCAGCAGCACCUUUUCUGGCUUCCUGCUGUACCCGGAUGCCUGUGACGCUUCUCAGAGCAGAACCUUCCCACUGAACAGUGACUACACUGAUUACAGCUGGGGGGACUCCAUAAGCGAGCCCACCCCUGGUUCUAGCACCCCCUCACCCUAAUGGCACAGCCUUCCUCUCCCCCUUACCCUUCACAGAAACAGGAUUCACCCUCCUCCCAACUUGGUUGAAUAAAACAGCCAAAUACCACUGAAAACAGUUAUUGGUCUCUACCAAAGUUACUAAUGUAUAUCUUGUAUCUUCUGGGAACUUUUAUUGAGAAAGCACAUAUGGCAUGUUUUGGUUUAAUCUUUCUCGUUGGCCCUUUUUAAAACCUCAGAAUGCUCUGCAGUAUCUGAACUGUGGAUCCGUCCUGUUUAGAACCCCAGGCACUCCCUUGUUACUUAUGGGGCCGGGAGGGGGUGGGAUAAGAAGUUGAAGUGAAGAAAGCUUUGGCCCCUUUUCUUCAGCUGAGUAGUUUCUUUUAAGUUCAGCAUUCUCUAUAGGAAAACUCCAAAUUGUGUCUAAUUAAAGUGAAGCUUUGUACUUUUGAGCUUUGUAAAUUUGAAAAAAUAAACGCUAUGUCACAACGUUUGAAAAAAAAUUCUAUCUCUUUAAUUUACUAUUAAGAGAAGAGUUUUUUUUUCUAAUUCUUCUUCAGUGACACCAGUGAUAGGAAACAAUGGUUAAGGACUGAGAAUUAACUUGUGUUUUUUUUUUUUUUGGUACACAUCCUUAUAUAACCCUAGUAGCAGUCUAUGUUAAGUAAGCAGUUGUAUUCUGUGCUAAGAUAUAAUGCAGGAAUGAGUAUCGCUCUGCAUCAUUCUUAAAAGUGUGGUCAUUACCAAUUUAACAAAUCACUUAAGAUCUUUUAAACAAAUGUAACAAAAAACUACAAAAUCUGAAUUUUUAAAGAAUUGAUACCAUGGCUUUAACUCAGUCAAACUGAGGAUGUGCACAUGUUUAAAAAAAGCUGCUACUGCUUCCUGGUUCAUAAUCACUUCUAGUGAUGACCUACAGUAGCCUUGAUUUAGUACCAGGAAGCAGCUGGCUUCACUUUGAAUCCAGAACUAAACAUGAUACACUUGGUUUUAGACUUGACGGUUAGGCCUGAGUGUAUAUGAUCUGCAUUUAAAUUGUUUGGUCGUGAAAUGUAUUGAGUGUGUUAAUAUCGUGUUUGCAAUAAGCCGAUGAGCAAUAAUGAAAUUUUGAGUGAGGGAUUUGAAGUGCAUUUUUUCAGUACAGACUCUGACUUUAUACCUUCAACAGGCUGGUAUAAGAAACCACACAAGACACGCAGUGCGAACCUAAUUAAAAUGACAUUUAUUUACAAGUAAAUGUUUUGUAAGGUUGCUACCUAUUUUACAGGAGGCAGAAUAUUGCUUUGUAUUUUUGUGUUUCAUUUCUCCAGACUAGAAAAUGAAAUAAAGUUUUCAAGAAAGCUGUUGGAAUCCAUGGUGUAACAUCCAGUCAUCUGCUGGGUGCCUUGUUCUUGUUUCACUAAAUGCGCUGCUUUUUUGUUUGAAUCUCACUUCCGGCUGGUUUCACAGAUACCGGUUAGCUCUAGUCUUGAAACCAGCCGUUUCCGUUUUGUAUUUACAAUUUGUUUUAUACAUUUGGAAAGUGGAAUAUUUGUCUUUGUUAAACUUUGCAGCAACAGAAAAACAC